AUGUUGCUCCACUUUCUCCUCGCCUUGGCCUCGUUUUCCCGGGCUGGCUGCUACUUUUCGGAGGAAAAGUUCCCGGAGGAGUCGAAAAUGCAGCCUCCCACCGUGGUUAUCGCCAUCAUAGCCCGGAACGCCGCGCACUCCCUGCCCUACUACCUCGGAGCUCUGGAGAGACUCGACUACCCCAAAGACCGCAUCUCGCUGUGGGCGGCCACCGAUCACAACUCAGACAACACCACCGCCAUCCUGAAAGAGUGGCUGACUGUCAUGCAGAAAUAUUACCAUUACGUUGAGUGGAGACCAAUGGAUAAACCCAUAUCCUACGCGGGAGAGCUGGGUCCUAAGCACUGGCCCAACAGCAGAUAUGAAUACGUGAUGAAGCUGAAGCAGGCGGCACUCAACUUCGCCAGGAAACGCUGGGCUGACUACAUCUUGUACGCUGACACAGACAAUAUCCUCACAAACCCAGACACUCUCAACUUGAUGAUAGCUGAAAACAAGUCAGUCAUCGCUCCCAUGUUGGACUCUCAGGGCGCCUACUCCAACUACUGGUGUGGAAUCACUCCACAGGGAUAUUACCGCCGUACAGCGGAGUACUUUCCCACCCGUCACCGCCACAGACUGGGCUGCUUCCCGGUGCCGAUGGUUCACAGCACCGUGCUGCUGGAUCUGAGGAAGGAGGGCAUGAAGAAACUGGCUUUCUUCCCCCCUCAUGACGACUACUCCUGGCCUUAUGACGACAUUAUCAUCUUUGCCUUCUCCUGCCGGGCUGCCGAGAUCCAGAUGUAUCUGUGCAACAAGGAACGCUACGGCUACCUGAACGUCCCCGCCAAGCCUCACCAAACCAUAGAAGAUGACCGCCUCAACUUUGUCCACGUCCACCUUGAGUCCAUGAUCGAUGGCCCCCCCAUGCAGCCGUCCCGCUUCGUCCACAUGUUCCCCAAGCAGAGAGACCUGAUGGGAUUCGACGAGAUAUAUCUGAUAAACCUGCGGCGCCGUCCUGACCGAAGAGACAGGAUGCUGUUCUCCCUGAACGAGCUGGAGAUUGAUGUCAAGGUGGUCGACGCUGUCGACGGAAAUGCGCUGAACAGCAGCGACAUUAAGAUUUUGGGUGUUGACUUGCUGCCAGGCUACUACGACCCUUUUUCUGGACGCACUCUGACUAAAGGAGAAGUGGGCUGCUUCCUCAGCCACUAUUUCAUCUGGAAGGAGAUGGUGGACAUGCAGCUGGAAAAGGCGGUCAUCUUUGAAGAUGACGUUCGCUUCCAGGCCAACUUCAAGCGCCGCCUGACCAGACUGAUGGAGGACGUGGAGCAGGUGGAGUUGGACUGGGACAUCAUCUAUUUGGGCAGGAAGCAGGUGAACCCUGGGAAUGAGGAGCCGGUGGAGCACGUGCGGAACCUGGUGGUGGCCGACUACUCGUACUGGACUCUGUCCUACAUCAUCUCCCUGCAGGGAGCCCAGAAGCUGCUCAACGCUGAGCCGCUCUCCAAGAUGCUACCUGUUGAUGAAUUCCUCCCCAUCAUGUACGACAAGCAUCCAAAUGAGGACUACAUGUCCCACUUCCCCAACAGGAACCUGCAGGCCUUCAGCACGCGCCCCCUCCUGGUGCAGCCGUGCCACUACGCCGGCGACCCCCAGUGGGUGAGCGACACGGAGACGUCGACCCUGUGGGACGACGACUCGGUCAGGACCGACUGGAGGGGCUCCCACAAGACCCUGAAAGGGGCUGCGCCGGCGCCCGAGAUGCUGUCGGCCGCCUACAGGGAUGAACUCUGACGCGGCGCAGGCGUGGCCGCGGUGCGCCGGCGGGGUCGAAGGGCCAAGAGGUCAGAGAGACAGAUGCUGCCUGGAGAAACGGUCUCAGACUUGAUUUCAGUGU